GUUCAAACAUGGAUGCGCCCAGUUGACUAAAGUCUUUCGUCAGUGUGAUGAAAAAAAUAGACUUUAGUGCCGUCUUGAUUUGGUGAUAGUGUUACGAUGAACAUCCUAGAGAAUCCACGUACAUGUGAUAAUGUACAUGUUCUUCUGGAGGAAAUUUUGCACACUUCUGAAUCCAAAUUUAGUGAAAAGACCAUUGGAAAAUUGCUUGAUGAUCUAAGCAGACUUCUCAGGCAGAGAGUAAACAGGGACCUUUUGUAUCAAGUUGUUCAGACAUAUUUUAAAGUCUCUUACAAUUCAAGGAUCAACAAGAAGUGGGAGAAGAUUUUCAAGGAGUUUGACAGUCAAUCCUCAUCAGAAAGUAAGAGUGUGCCACUGGGUGAUCUGGUUGAUAUUGCAUCAAUAUUUCUCCAGAAACCCCUAGGGAAAGCAGAUCUUUUGAAAUUGUCAAGUCUUAUAGAACACUGUGCUGGAGUCAGAAAUGUUUUCGAUGUGCAAUUUGUACAGCUUCUUGUGGCUGUAAGAGGGACAUUAGGACCCAGUGCUGAUUCCAGUAUAAAAGAAGGCACUAAUGACUUGGAUCAAGACCUUAUUCAUAGUGGAGUAAAGGUGACUUUGCAGAUUUUUCAAUUCAUGCCAAACGCUGUGUUGAAGUAUGUUACUACAGCAGACACAUCUGUACUGCAGUCAAUUCUCUCAACUUUAGUCAGCUUAUUGUUAAAUAAGAAUCUUAAUGCGGACUGCACAUUACUAGCAGGUAUAGCACUGGCCAAGUUUUUUACUACAUUUGUGGCAGACAACACAGUGGAAACAAUAAAAAAUGUACUGGAAAACAUGACUGCUGUAAACCAGCUGGACUUGGGGACAUGUGGUACAUUCAAGGAAAUGUCUGGUAGUCAAACAAAUCGGGAUACUGAAAGCCAAAAUGUAUAUAACUUCUCUUUUGGACACAUUGCUUUCUUAAGUGGUAUACUUCAGUCAGCAAAACUCCAACUACUUGCAGAACCAACAUGUGAUAAACUGGUGGGCCACAAAAGAUACAUCUUUAUAGAGUACCUGUUUGUACAGUUAUGUGGAAUGUCAGAGGGUCAGAAUUUAUACCAUCUAUUCCAAGUGCUGAAUGUCUGGUAUAGUGUGGCCUUCAGACUGCUUGCCAAGCAUGGCAGUGAGUUACACGUCAGACUUUUCGCUGAGGAGUCACAAGUUGUUCAAAAGACUUUAGAUCUCAUAUGGAAACACUGGGAUAGUCCUGUAGAUGGCGUUAGCGAGAGAGCAUCUGCUGUGUUUUCCACCAUGAUUCAGCUUCAUGUCAGUGAGUGUCGUUACCAUGAUGAAGAUGACUCUGUGUUUUUGUCAAAGAUGCUGUCCCAGCUUAUGGAAAUGUCAUGGCAAAUGAAGGGAAAAUAUAGGCUUUUGUCCAGCCUCAUUCAGUAUUAUGGAGCAGGAAAGACCCUAAAAGAGCACCCUGCUUUACCUCAUCAUCUACUGAGUGCUCUUCACAGUAAUUACUAUGCCUCUGCCUGUGGAGAAACCUAUAGACAACUUAUACAGCAAGCAAAGAAAGAGAUGCCAGAGGCUGCCAUGGUGACGUGGUGGUCAAAAGGACUACAAAAAACACUGAUGAAUGGACUGGAGAGCAGCAACUCGACUUUGAGAUUGAAUACAAUGCACUACUGGUUGAAAGACACCUUAUUGAUUCUCCCGUCCUCUCUGACACUGCUCCUUGGGGACUUUGAGCAAAAAAUUAGACACGUACCUGAUGAUGGAAAAAGCGAGCUUCUUUUUGCAUGGAUAGCCAUCCUAAAGACUGCUAAAGCAUUGGAUCUUAAACCAUGCUACGACCAGUCACUUCUUGUCGCCUGUCUGCACCAUCUAGAUGAUGACAUAAGGGCAGAAGCAAUGAGUUUUUUGUGCACUUCACAGAAGAAAGCAGAUUCACCUUCUGUGUCUGAUGUAUGUCUACUGCAGAGAUUCUUACUGUGCAACAUGAAUGUGGAUUCCCCAUCUUUUCGUCAAAGUUUUAUCACACAGUUUCGCCAUUUAAUGGUCAGAGUGAGAGAUAGUGCUAUUGGUAUGGUCAAGACUGGACAAUUAUCUCCAGAACUUACCGCACUCAUAGACUUUGUGGACUGGGUGGUGGUGCUCUGUGUUUCAUCACUGUUUCCAGCCUCCUGCUACCAGAGAAGGGUGACUGCUCUACAGCUAAUCAGGGUUGUCUUUGAGACCUUGGUUUCUGGUGCAACAUCAAAUAGAAGAAAAGGACUUAUCCCAGAGGGAACUGUGAAGCUGCUCCAGGCAGCAAACAGGCAGCAAAAAUGGCAGUGGUUCACAAGAGAAAGUCACUGUGCCAUCCUCCAGUGUAUUGAAGAUGGCAGCAAUGAGAUCAGAGAACUUGCAGCCUCACUUGUCCACAGGUAUUUUACCCACAGAGAUAGACUGCAGGAUACAGAGAAAUUGGACAUGGGUGGACAGAUACUUGACCAUGCACUAGUAUUGUGCAAUAGCCCUAAAGCUUCUGACUCUGAGAGUGGAGCACUUUAUAUAAAGAUUGUAUUCCAAAAUUUUGUCCUUAGUCAGAGGAAAGUCUACCAUGUGAAGGAUUUGAGUGGCGUAGCAGAUAUCACAGAAGCCAGGGGAGCCACGGAGGCAGCCAUGUUCUUCUUGAACUUGUUGAUGGAGAAGAUAAAACACUGCAUGGAUGUUGAAAGGAGAGAUGUCCUGCAAGCAGCCAAGGACUUCCCCGCACAUGGGUUGGUCCAUGCCCUGGGUAGGUGUAUCACAGAGACAGAGAACCUGUAUGAGGGUGACACUGCCAUGAUACAUGUACUGGCAGAGAAAGUGAUAGUGCUGUGUGCAGACCUGGUACAGAGGAUGUUACAGGUGCUCUCUGGGGACACCCAAAAUGAAGAUGUGGCUCCCUCUUUUGCUGAAAUGGGAACUGCUAUAGAGAAAGCAGCAGGCACAGAGGAUGGUGGAGAGGAAGAUCCUGCUCUGUCUGCUGAGCACCAAAUAAUACUAGCCUGGUGUUGGCUAAAUAUUAAGGAAUGCUGUGUCCUUUGUGGAAAGUUAAUGGAAGUUUUCCAUGUUGAUAUAGAUGGCACUAGUGGGGUAUUGACUGUAAAGGAUGUCCAUAUCAUUGGCGACCUCUUUCUGAAAGUACUCACCAGGUGUCGACACAAGGGAGCUAUUGAAUCCUGCCUUUUAGGAUUUUCAAAGUAUUGUCAGAAGCUAAUGAGCUGUGAUGACAUUACUCUGAAUCAAAUCCCUAACCAACAUCUGCAAGAGGCAUUGAAGCCAGUGUGUAGCAACAGAACAUUGGCGUCCUCAGUGAGCAGACAGUCUGCAGGGUUACCUGGUCUGGUGCAGUGUAUACUGGCCGCUGAGAGCAAGCUGAGAAAGGACACAAUGUUGCAUUCCACCAUGAUAAAACUACUGGAGAUAGCUGGUCAGGAGGUUCCAGGAGACUAUGACCAGUGCCUGGACCUGGCCCAAGUCCACGCCAUGAAUAUCAUGAAGGCUCUGUUCAGGGAUGCUGGCCUUGCCGCCACCAUGUUGUCAUAUGCCUGUAGAGCCUUAAUGCUGGCAGUGGAAGCCCUGGCGUCCCCUGCUUGGGCUGUGAGAAAUGCUGCCACUCUGCUGUUUAGUGAUUUGGUGCUAAGGAUGAUGGGACAGAAGGUAUCUCAAAAUAACACAUCCUUUGCCAGCUCAACAUCUGUGGUGGAGUUCUUUGCGCUGUAUCCACAGCUGAGGCAGUUCUUCUUGGACCAGAUUCAAGCUGCAGUGACAGGGCAACAGCAACAUCGUCUGCAUCUUCACCCUGGUUUGUUUCCCGUGUUGGCCAUAUUGGCUAAACUGGGUCCCAGUGUUGGAAAGGAAGAGAGAAGAUUCAUGUCGCAGCUCAGGGCCCCCCUUGGUAUGUUACUUGGGAACCCCAUACUUGCUGUGAGGAAACUAGUUGCUAUGGCAAUGAUACCACUAGUGGAUAGAAAGGAAGUGAUGGAACAAGUGGAAGUGUUGAUACAAGAUAUCCCAGCACACAUUGGCCAGUGUAAAUUUAAUCAAUUGCAUGGAUGUUUGACUUUAAUGGAGAAGCUGCUUCUUUCAUGUGGAUCAGAAAUUAGACCUGAAGAUAAAGCCAGACUAAAUACACAGUUACUACAGAAAUCAUGGAUACUUGAUCAGUCAAACCAAUGUGAUCUAGUCAAAGCUAAGUAUGUGGAGAUCUUGAUGCUUCUGCAGACACCAGUGGACAUUGAUGUGGUCAGAGAGUUGGACACAGGUGGACCGGUCAAGAUUGGCCAUGGUCAGUAUGAAAAAGUGUCCACGAGAUUCAGUCUGUGCACUGCAGCAAGGAAAACCUUCACAGAGCUUCUUACCUGCAUACAACAUUGUGUUUGUAGCCAGCAGCAGGAAAUCAGAAGGUCCAGCCUGGAGUGGCUACAAGAAGAGUUAAAGACUGGUUGUCUGGAUUUGCCAUUGCUGUCUGAAAUACAGAGUUUGCUAUUCUCUCAGCUAUUUGUUGAAAGAUACCAGCCCAAUCUUUCCAUAUUGCUGGACCUCUUGCAUUCCCUGUAUAGUACAUACCACAUACCCCUGCCUGUCCUGGAUACUGGGGGGACAGUGGAGAGACUGGUCCAAUUACAGAAAUAUGGGACAACUGUCAGAGCAAAACUGCUGCCAGUGGUGGCUAUUAUUGUUGUACAGGGACUGGAAACAGAAAAUUUAAGCAUUUUAAAAGACUUCACAGACAUGCUGCUUGACUACAGUCAACCAACACAGAAUGAAGACUUCAGAAUGGAAGUAGCCAAAGCUUUACAUAUAGCAGCACCAAGAGUGUUUGGAUCAGGUGUUUAUAAUGCAGCUGAAGAUGAAUAUUUUACUUGUGUUUCAAAACUGUUCAAGACCAUUUUAAAUCUGCUGGAGGAUGAGCAAACAGACAUUAGAUGGACUGUUUCCAAGAUGGUGGGUCAGAUAUCACAUAUCUUUACACUCUGUGGACAGAAAUUUCAGACAUCCUGUCUCAACUGCAACCAAGCAAGAGGGCUGUUGUGUCAGUACAUGUGCAAGACUUUCUUGAACAGUUCCGCAGCCCUUCAGUUCCUCUGCUCCCUUGUCUACUCACCUGGUCAACUUACAGAGGCCUUAGCUUCACUGGACACUGCAAAGACUGGACUCUUUGAGCAGGAAGAGGCAAACAUUUAUGCAGAAGAAGUUAUCACUUGCAAGUUAUUACAGAAAUGCUUGAAGGCAUCUGUUCAAUCUAUGAGAAAUAUAGACAGGCAAUGGGUGAGCAGCCAAGUCAUAGCAGUCUCAGGGGAACUGCAGAAUGCACUAGCUUUACUGAUGGAAAACUCUGCAGAAAGUGACAUAUUCAGCCUCGUUUCCCAGCGUAAGAUCUUCACUGCUUUGAGCACCAGUUUAAUAUACGUGGACCUGCUGCUAGAGCUGUGUCAGCAGCAUGAAGUACCAGUGCUUCAACAUAUACAGGACCAGUACAUUUCCAUAAGCAAGAGAUCCCACUUUUCUUUCCUGCUGGAAGGUCAUGGAUGUUUCUCAGUCUAACUUUUGAACAAGUUUGGAAAGGUUGCUCAGCUUGGAAAGGUUGCUCAAUAGGUGCUAUUUACAUUCAAAGGGAAAAUGACACCUCUGCUGAAUUCUUAAUUAUUUGUUUUAUUGUUGAUAAACCACAGUGACUUUGUUUCUAACAAAUGCUUUUUAAUAUAAAUAUAUUGAAGAAAUUAUUUUUGUACCAUAAAAAUAAGAAUUGUCUCAUUUGAUCUCCUUUGCAUAUGUAUAAUCAUGCAAAAUGUAAUAAGUGAACUUUUUGAUAAGAUAACAUGGUGCUAUUUAAUUGUAGAAAAGGGAAGCAAUUUAUGGAAUUCAAACAGUGAUGCAAAUAAUUAUGUAAAUUUUUAAUGUACUAAAAUAGUUUUAUUCAGGUUAAUAAAUGAAGCAAAAUAUACAUUUUCAAGUUGAGUUAAUUGUCCAUGUGGAGUAUUUUAAAUGAAUCUAAUCCAGGAUUUUCUCCUUGCUUUUCUUAAUUUAAUAUACUCACUCUUUAUGCUUAUCCACUAUAGUGUUUUUUAUUUUGAACAGGAGGAUACAAAAUAAUAAAAACGUAAACUUUGCAUGUUAGUAUAUGAUUUAUUUUUUCACAGAAGCUAGGAUUGGCAUCUCUGUUGAUCCACCUUACCACAGAUAAUGAUACACAUGUG